AUGGCUGGGUCAGUGCCAUGGGGCAUCAACAGCCUGGGGCAGCUGCAGGCCUUGUACGGCACCCCCGGCAUCUUCUGCAAUGACAAUGCCACCUGCCUUGCUGCCCCUACGCCGCCCACCAGCCCGAUGCCCCCUCCUGCGCCACCAGCCAAUCCCACGUCGCCAGCUGUCACCGACUCCAGCUCCCCUGCGUCUGCCAACUCGUCUGCGCCCAACGCCACCUGCCACGUGUGCCAGAGCUACUGCCUCGAUUGCUCCUCCUCUGCACCCACCAACCCCUUGGCUUCCACCAGUUCUCUCUCCUCGGGGGCCAUAGCAGCCAUAGUGGCGGCGGCACUCAUUGCACUCCUUGCUCUCAUCGCCCUGAUCAUCUUGCUCUGGUUCUGCUUCCGCCAAACGAAGCCUGCGUGCAAGCAGUACUCACUGGCGGACAUCCAGCAGGCCACCAACUUCUUCUCGGAGGUCAACCUGAUCGGCUCGGGGGGCUUCAGCGACGUGUACAAGGGCGUGGACCCGCAAGACCCGGAGGUGCUGUGGGCCGUGAAGCGCGCCACGGCCCUCUCCAACGACUUUAUGAAGGAGGUGGCAGACUUGUCACGGCUGAAGCACCCAGCACUGGUGCCGCUGCUGGGGUACUGCAUUGACUACAAUGAGGAGACCCUGCAGAUGGAGCAAAUCAUUGUGUCUCAGUUCAUGCCCAACGGGGAUCUCUCCCAGUGGACCAUGCCAGGGGCCAAGCCCAUGUCGCUGCGUGUGAGGCUGGCGGUGCUGGUGGACGUGGCGGACGGGCUGAGCUUCCUCCACAACCGUCGGAUCGUGCACCGCGAUGUGAAGCCGGCCAACGUGCUGCUGGAUGCAGACAUGCGGACCCGCCUUGCCACCACCGCCACCGAUGUAUACAGUUUUGGAGUGCUACUGCUGGAGGUGCUGACCGGUAGGGAGCCAAUGCUGUCAAUCGAUGGCUCACAGUCACACAUCCGGGACUGGGCAGCUGCCGAGCUCUCCAGUGGUGACAUCAGCUCCAUUAUAGACCCUCGGAUGGUCUCCCCUGCAGCAUCUGGUGCCAGCAUUGUGCAUGCUGAUGUCAUGAAGAGCCUUGCAUCCCUGGCACUGGCAUGCACGGCCAUGCCUGCUGCCUCUCGUCCCCCCAUGGCCAAAUUGCACUCACAGCUGAAGCAGCUGCACGAGGAGGUGGUGAGGCGGGAGGGGGAGAGCAUAUCGCAGCAAGGGAGUGGGCUGGGGGGGCUGGGAACGGGGGGAGGGAGUUGGCUGCAGAGGGAUAACCGUGUGUGCCCCGCAGCUGAGUCUGCGGUAAGGAGUGUGAGUGUUGUGAGGGGAACGACGGAUGGCGAAGGCAGUCCUGAAGAGGAUGAGAGCUUGACUGUUGGGGAGGGGACAAGUGGAGAAGCAAGUAGGAGCACGGGUGAUGACCACAACUGA